GAGACCACGAUGGUCUUGGUGUUGAAGAUCAGUAUCCCAGUAGGAGGAGAAGAUAAGGGAGGAGGAAAAGAGAAGGGAGGAGGAGAAGAGAAGGGAGGAGGAGAAGAGAAGGGCGGAGGAAAAGAGAAGGGUGGAGGAGAAGAGAAGGGAGGAGGAAAAGAGAAGGGAGGAGGAGAAGAGAAGGGAGGAGGAGAAGGGAGGAGGAAAAGAGAAGGGAGGAGGAGAAGAGAAGGGAGGAGGAGAAGAGAAGGGAGGAGGAAAAGAGAAGGGAGGAGGAGAAGAGAAGGGAGGAGGAAAAGAGAAGGGAGGAGGAAACAAGAAGGGAGGAGGAGAAGAGAAGGGAGGAUGAAUAGAGAAGGGAGGAGGAAAAGAGAAUGUAGGAUGAAUAGAGAAGGGAGGAGGAAAAGAGAAUGUAGGAGGAAAAGAGAAGGGAGGAGGAGAAGAGAAGGGAGGAGGAAAAGAGAAGGGAGGAGGAAAAGAGAAGGGAGGAGGAAAAGAGAAGGGAGGAGGAAAAGAGAAGGGAGGAGGAGAAGAGAAGGGAGGAGGAGAAGAGAAGGGAGGAGGAGAAGAGAAGGGAGGAGGAAAAGAGAAGGGAGGAGGAAAAGAGAAGGGAGGAGGAAAAGAGAAGGGAGGAGGAGAAGAGAAGGGAGGAGGAGAAGAGAAGGGAGGAGGAGAAGAAAGGGAGAAGGAAAAGAGAAGGGAGGAGGAAACGAGAAGGGAGGAGGAAAAGAGAAGGGAGGAGGAGAAGAGAAGGAGGAGGAAAUGAGAAGGGAGAAGGAGAGGAGAAGGGAGGAGGAAAAGAGGAGGGAGGAGGAGAAGAGAAGGGAGGAGGAGAAGAGAAGGGAGGAGGAGAAGAGAAGGGAGGAGGAAAAGAGAAGGGAGGAGGAGAAGAGAAGGGAGGAGGAGAAGAGAAGGGAGGAGGAGAAGAGAAGGGAGGAGGAAAAGAGAAGGGAGGAGGAAAAGAGAAGGGAGGAGGAAAAGAGAAGGGAGGAGGAAAAGAGAAGGGAGGAGGAGAAGAGAAGGGAGGAGGAGAAGAGAAGGGAGGAGGAGAAGAGAAGGGAGGAGGAAAAGAGAAGGGAGGAGGAAAAGAGAAGGGAGGAGGAAAAGAGAAGGGAGGAGGAGAAGAGAAGGGAGGAGGAGAAGAGAAGGGAGGAGGAGAAGAGUAGGGAGGGGGAAAAGAGAAGGGAGGAGGAAAAGAGAAGGGAGAAGGAAAAGAGAAGGGAGGAGGAAACGAGAAGGGAGGAGGAAAAGAGAAGGGAGGAGGAGAAGAGAAGGAGGAGGAAACGAGAAGGGAGAAGGAGAGGAGAAGGGAGGAGGAAAAGAGGAGGGAGGAGGAGAAGAGAAGGGAGGAGGAGAAGAGAAGGAAGGAGGAAAAGGGAGGAGGAAAAGAGAAGGGAGGAGGAGAAGAGAAGGGAGGAGGAGAAGAGAAGGGAGGAGGAGAAGAGAAGGGAGGAGGAAAAGAGAAGGGAGGAGGAGAAGAGAAGGGAGGAGGAAAUGAGAAGGGAGGAGGAAACGAGAAGGGAGGAGGAGAAGAGAAGGGAGGAUGAAAAGAGAAGGGAGGAGGAAAAGAGAAGGGAGGAGGAAAAGAGAAGGGAUGAGGAAAAGAGAAGGGAGGAGGAGAAGAGAAGGGAGGAGGAAAAGAGAAGGGAGGAGGAAAAGAGAAGGGAGGAGGAGAAAAGAAGGGAGGAGGAGAAGAGAAGGGAGGAGGAAAAGAGAAGGGAGGAGGAGAAGAGAAGGGAGGAGGAGAAGAGAAGGGAGGAGGAGAAGAGAAGGGAGGAGGAAAAGAGAAGGGAGGAGGAAAAGAGAAGGGAGGAGGAAAAGAGAAGGGAGGAGGAAAAGAGAAGGGAGGAGGAGAAGAGAAGGGAGGAGGAGAAGAGAAGGGAGGAGGAGAAGAGAAGGGAGGGGGAAAAGAGAAGGGAGGAGGAAAAGAGAAGGGAGGAGGAAAAGAGAAGGGAGCAGGAAACGAGAAGGGAGGAGGAAAAGAGAAGGGAGGAGGAGAAGAGAAGGGAGGAGGAGAAGAGAAGGGAGGAGGAAAAGAGAAGGGAGGAGGAGAAGAGAAGGGAGGAGGAAAAGAGAAGGGGGGAGGAAAAGAGAAGGGAGGAGGAAACGAGAAGGGAGGAGGAGAAGAGAAGGGAGGAGGAAAAGAGAAGGGAGGAGGAAAAAAGAAGGGAGGAGGAAACGAGAAGGGAGGAGGAAAAGAAAAGGGAGGAUGAGAAGAGAAGGGAGGAGGAAAAGAGAAGGGAGGAGGAGAAAGCAAGAGAGGGAGAGCAAUGGGAGGAUAUUUGGACGGCAAUGGAGGAGUACAGGGCGAGGAAAGAGGAGGAUGAGAAACGCGCGCAGCAGAGGGAGCAGCAGAUGAAGGGGGAGAUGGAGGCAAUGAGGAGGAAGCAUCAGGAGGAGCUGAAUCGGCAGCAGCAGCAGCAGCAGCAGCAGCAGCACCAGGAGGAGUCUGACGCCUUGGGAGGAAGAGAGGAGGAGGGAGGAAAAGAGGAGGGAGGAGGAGAGGAGGAGGGAGGAGGAGAGGAGGAGGGAGGAGGAGAGGAGGAGGGAGGAAGAGAGGAGGAGGGAGGAGGAGGCAAGGCGGAGGGCAACAGGGGGCGAUGAAGCGGCGCUGGCUGAGAAGCU